UCUGAAUUUGCCUGGAUGGGAUGCACAGUGAGUUUCAUCUGUUGUGAAGACGACUUCCUGCAAAUGCCUCUUGGCCAACAUGAGAAAAAUAAAGAGGAUAAGAAACUGUUGAACAAGCCUGAAGAGUUUGAGGCGCUUCACUCACACACCUUCCGGGCGAAGACAUUCAAGAAAAGCAAGCACUGUGGGGUGUGCAAACAGACCGUCAGCCAGGAGGGGCUCAUCUGCAGAGUGUGCCGGCUGACUUGCCACAAGAAAUGUGAAAUAAAGGUGUCUUCGUCCUGUGUCCCUGCCACUAACUAUGAGCUGGCACCUGGUAACGACAUACCCCUGAAGUAUGUAGAGACUAUGGGUUCAACAAAGUCCACAAAGAGUAUGGAGUCUCGACGCAGAUCAUCAAGGAGUGUGAGUCUGCUGCAGGCCCUGGAGGAGAGCUAUGAGGUGGACCUGGUCUACAUCACCGAGCGGAUCAUCUCCGUCUCCUUCCCCAGCUGCGUGGAAGAGACCAGCUACGCCUCAAACCUCCGCGAGGUGGCCUCCAUGUUGCGCUCCAAACACCAAGACAACUACCUACUCUUCAACCUCAGCGAGAAACGGUAUGACAUCAACCAGCUCUACCCAAAGGUGUUGGACUUUGGCUGGCCGGACCACCACGCUCCUGCCCUGGAUAAGAUCUGCACUAUCUGUAAGGCCAUGGACACCUGGCUGAGCGCAGACAGUCACAAUGUGGUGGUGAUACACAACAAGGGGAACCGAGGGCGAACAGGAGUGGUGGUGGCAGCAUACAUGCAUUACAGCAACAUAUCAGCCAGUGCUGAUCAGGCCCUGGACAGGUUUGCCAUGAAGAGGUUCUAUGAAGACAAAGUACUUCCUGUGGGUCAGCCAUCUCAGAAGAGGUAUGUACAGUACUUCAGUGGUCUUCUUUCAGGACAUAUCAAGAUCAACAACAAACCCCUGUUCCUUCACCACGUCAUCAUGCACGGCAUCCCCAACUUUGAGUCCAAAGGAGGAUGCCGCCCUUUCCUCAAGAUCUACCAAGCCAUGCAGCCAGUCUACACAUCUGGGAUCUAUAAUGUCCAGGGAGACAGCCAGACCAGCAUCUGCAUCACUAUUGAGCCUGGCCUGCUGCUGAAGGGGGACAUUCUGCUGAAAUGUUACCACAAGCACUUCAGAAGCCCACAGCGGGAUGUGAUAUUCCGGGUGCAGUUCCAUACCUGCGCUGUGCAUGACUUGGGAAUCGUAUUUGGGAAGGACGAGUUAGACGAGACCUUCAAGGAUGACAGAUUCCCGGAUUUUGGAAAGGUGGAAUUUGUAUUUUCCUUUGGACCAGAAAAAAUCCAUGGUAUGGACCAUUUGGAGAAUGGGCCCACGGUCUCAGUGGACUACAAUACCCAAGAUGCUCUAAUCCGCUGGGACUCCAAUGAGAACUUCAAUCAGCAUUGCGAGGACACUAUGGAUGACGUCAUACACACACAGGGCCCUCUCGACGGCAGCCUCUACGCUAAAGUUCGCAAGAAGGAGUCCAUCGAGGGCUCGGUCACUGCCAACGGCCUAUCGCCUGCCGCCACCGAACACGUCCUACCUUCCGUCGACCAGGUCCUUCCCGCGGUCGACCAAGCCCUGUCGGUGAGCAGCGACUCUGGCAACUCCACCGCCUCUAUCAAGACUGACCGCACCGAUGAGCCAGCCCCGGCAGCAUCAGCGCAAGUCCCCCAAGCAGCCCUCCCAGUGAGCCAGCCACCAGCGACCCAGGAAAAGGUCCCAGAUUCGGGCACGGUCCCGGCCGUCCAGCCCAUCAGUCCCCAGGAGAAGCAGGAGCUGGAGCAGCUGCUCAGCGGCCUGGAGGGCCCCAUGCACCGCCAGGGCUACCUGUCCUCCCCAUCAGGUGGAGGGACAAGUAUAGGACUAGGAGGAGGAGGAGUUGGAGGAGGAAUACUUCACCUGGUGCCGGCCCAAGUUCACGUGAACGGCCACAACAGCAGAAUGGACAGGGAAACGGAUAUUCUGGAUGACGAGGUGGCACUGCCUACCAGCCAGGAGGGCAACAGCAUGGAUAGCCUGGGCACCCUGUCGUCCCUGGAAGGGAGAGCUACACCGGCAGACCUCUACUAUCAGGCUGAGACGGUCAUCAAUGGGCAGGACGAGGUCACCUAUCUGGAGAGGAGCAUCCCCCCGGAAAAUGCUGUCAUCAAUGUUGCCAUACGCUCACAGGAUGUGGCCGCUCAGGUUCCCGUCACAUUGGUGCGAAGCCUCUCCUCAGCUCAGGACGGGACAGGCGAGUCCAUCCCCCCGGCGAGCGAUUACAUUUUCAGCCAAAACGGGAACCUGUAUCGCUCGCAGUCGUUCGGUGCAGAGCAGAAACCCCUCCCCAGAGCACCAGCACGUACCACCAGUAGUCGUGAUGCCGUCCAACGGGGGCUCAACGUGUGGCAGCAAUAUGGCGUCCCAGAGGAGCCGGUGAUGGACGGCGUCCAUUUUGGCCCUUUUCCAUCCUCCAUGCCUCUACAGAGCCACCACAGCUUGCCACAGUUCCCCCACCACCAGACUGCCUCGCAGCAGGAGAUUGAGCAGUCCAUUGAGGCCCUCAACCUGCUGAUGCUAGACCUGGACCCAGGCUGUCCUUUGGGGCAGGUGCCCAAGUCCCAGAGCGCUCCGCCGGGGGAUAAUGUGGUGGUGGUGACCAUGCAACCGUCCUUCUCCCAGACCCAGGCCAGACCCUCCUACCAGGCCGACUCAGCUAUCUCGGGAAGCCAUGCUCCCCGCCUUGCCAAGGUCCCGCUGAGUUCAUCCCCCAUCCAGCCGUCCACGUCACCAGAGCCCUCUGCCGUCCAGAGACCCACAGCCAUCUACCAGCCCGGUCCCACUAUAGUCUCCGUCCCUGGCUUCCUCACGGAACCUUCCAGCCAAGGGGAAGCCUGGACCAGCUCUCCCACCCAGGUCCCCACUGCCAUUGGCCAGCUGCAGCUGAAGCCCAUUAACACGUACCCCCCCAGCACAAUGUCCUCGUCCCUGUCCCCAGAGCUCCAGCAGAGUCUCAGUGCCAUCUCCUCAUCGCCCCAGCUGAGAGAUGCCGAGCCUGAUGAAGUAUUCAACGUGGAGGGCUUAGUAGCCCAGCGCGUGGCAGGUGUCCAGUCCCAUGGGAUGUCAUUGGACGAGACAUUGGCCCUGCCCCGUCACCGCACCACCAGCGAAGGACAAUGCCACAAUGGCCACGAUGAAAACUUCUCUUACGAACCCCCAGUCCGCUCCCCCAUUCGCUGUGUCUCGCCGGAGUUCGUCAACACCUUAAAUCUGAAUCCUGGGGGGCGGCCCAAAGAGAGACACAUGCACAGCUACAGAGAGGCCUUUGAGGAGUUGGAAGGUGGCUCAGUCAGCCCCACGCCCGCUGUUGGUGGUGAGGUGUUCCCCCAAACCCCUGCCUUCCCCGUCUCGCCGCAAACCCCUUACUUCAACCUGUGCCAAGCUCGUUCCCCUCCAGGCCUGAUGAAGACCCCUCUCUCUGCCCUGGGCCUCAAACCCCACAACCCAGCCGAGAUCCACCUCAACCAGAGUGGCUCAGAGCCGCGGAGCUACGUGGAGUCGGUGGCCAGAUCAGCGGUGGCCGGCAGCGGACCACCAGGGUCACCUGUGACCCUCACCCCUCCAGGAGAGAUCUUGGCCAGACAGACGACCACUGACCCUGCCCCGACCCUCAACCUCCCACUGUCUAGCAGCAGCCCAAUCCACAGCUCAGAGGGAGAGCACAAAUUGGCUGACAGCAGUGCAAACAUCCCCUCACAAGCGGCCAGUGACUCCGGCUUCCGUUCCCAGCCUUCUGAGGGCGCGUCCCCCACCCCCACUCCCACCUCCGUCGCUAAUCCCAAGCCCUACCUCCAGGCCCUGGGAACCCCAUCUCCCUUCCUUCAAGCACAGGGUACCCCUACCUCCUCCUACCUGAGCUCCAACUCCCCCACCCUGUCCUACCUGUGCUCCCCCACCACCACACCCUCCUACCUAGGUCCCAGUGGCCUCAUGGGGAGCUACAUCUCCACCGACCCCAGCCCUCCCCAGGCCCAGCUGGAGGUAGCCCCCCGGGAAAGCCCUUUGGCUGUCCACCCUUCACCAGGAUCAGGAAGUCUCCACACACUGCAUUGCGACUCCAACAGUCCCUCUCUCCAACAUCGGCACCAGCCCACCAAUCAUGGCAGCCCUGUCAUGGGCCACCAGCCCUCUCCUGCCAAUGGCUUUGUGGAGUUUGGGAUCCCUGGGAUGGUAAUGGCGGGAAGUCCCGUGUUGGGCCGCCACCACUAUAACCUGUGUGUGUCCAAGGGGACACAGUCCAGCCCAGUGCUGAGUCGACAGCCCUCCAUGUCCCAGAGGAGCCCUGUCCUGAGCCGACAACCAUCCCUGACGCAGGCCUCCCAGGGCAGCCCCGUGCUCAGCCGCCAGCCCUCCCUCACCUACAGCCAGCCUAUCCAGAGCAGUAUCCAGAGCAGUCCGUUGCUGAGUCGACAGCCGUCCAUCACCCACCAGCAGGGCAGUGGUAAUAGUCCGGUGCUGGACCACCACCCGUCCCUCGGCCAGAUGUCACAACGCAGUCCGAGUCUGGACCGACACCCUAUGUUGCAUAGUAGCGGCUACACCACCCCGGACGAGAGGCACGGCACCCUGUCCCGACAGAGCAGCUCCUCAGGAUACCACCCACCCUCCACGCCCUCCUUCCCCCUCUCCCCUGCAGGCUACCUGGACGGGGGGAUGAUGAUGGGGCUAAGGCAGGGCAGCCCGGCCCCCCUGGCGCAGGCUCAGCCCCAGCUGCCAGAGAAGAGGCGCAUGUCGAGUGGGGAGAGGCCCAACGGGGGGCUCUCUUACGGGACGCUGAACGGGAAAAUGUCCUCACCUAUGUCGAGUGGAGGGAGCACACCCAGCACCAGCUACUUUCAAACACUGCCAGACUUCUCCAAGUUUAACAUGUCUGACGGGAGUCCCGAGACCAGGCUGAAUGUAAAGUUUGUUCAGGACACUUCCAAGUUCUGGUACAAGCCUGACAUCUCCCGUGAACAAGCCAUCAGCCUGCUGAGAGAGAGAGAGCCCGGGGCCUUUGUCAUUCGGGACAGUCACUCCUUCCGAGGGGCCUAUGGCCUGGCCAUGAAAGUGGCCUCUCCUCCUCCCACUGUACAGCAGACCAAGAAAGCUGGUGACAACACUAAUGAGCUGGUGAGGCACUUCCUGAUUGAGACAAGUCCUAAGGGAGUGAAGCUGAAGGGAUGUCCCAACGAACCUUACUUUGGAUGUCUGUCGGCUCUGGUGUACCAGCACGCCAUGACUCCACAGGCCCUGCCCUGUAAACUGGUCAUUCCUACCAGAGAUAUCCACGAGGAUGUGCCGGAUAUUGCCACACCAACCAACCCGGCAGCUGAACUCCUCAAACAAGGAGCCGCAUGCAAUGUGCUGUACAUCAACUCGGUGGACAUGGAGUCUCUGACGGGACCUCAGGCCGUCGCCAAGGCCAUCUCGGAGACGGUGGCUGCCGUGUCCCCGCCCACCGCAACCAUCGUGCACUUCAAGGUGUCGGCCCAAGGCAUCACCCUGACCGACAACCAGAGGAAGCUUUUCUUCCGGCGCCACUACCCCAUCAACACUGUCACAUUUUGUGAUAUCGACCCUCAGGAGAGAAAGUGGAACAAACCUGAAGGGGGCACAGCCAAGUUCUUUGGAUUCGUGGCUCGGAAGCAAGGAAGCACAACUGACAACGUCAGUCACCUCUUUGCCGAGAUGGACCCCGAUCAGCCCGCCAGCGCUAUCGUGAACUUUGUUUCCAAGGUGAUGAUCGGCUCGCAGAAACAAUGAGCUGAACUUUUGACGACCCCUGUUUUUUUUGUUUUUUUUGUUCUUUUUAACCACGGAGGAAAUGUAUGUUCUAUUUUGGAUUUUGUUUGUACUAUUUUGUUCUGAUCUUAUGUGUCACCUCUUUCCUUCUGAUCUUGUCUUUUACUUGUGAGUGCACGUGGUGUUCACGCACGUGUGUGUUCUUCUUGGAAGGACUCCUGUGUGGAGCUAACUAGGGGGAUAGAGGAAGUGCAGUUUGUGGUUGUGGCUAUGUGGGAUGUUGGCUUUGGGGGGCCAUUGUGAUCUCUCUAGCAGGGUAACACAAGAACAGGAAGGAUAAAUUAUGUCAGUGAUGUCAGUGAGCAUGGUUCGUUAAAAAAAAGAGAAGAAGAAGUAAGGUUGUGUGACGUAAAGAAGUGUUAAGCUACCAGGCGUUUGGACUGGUCAACCAAAGAUUUUUGUUAAAGCAGCCAUUGGCGAGUAUUCCACUGUCGGAAGGUCUGUUGGAAAUUAUAUUUUGUAAAAAAAUAAGUAUUAAUCAAAAAAAAAUCAUUUAAAUUUUCUUUCUAUAUACAAGUACUGAUACUGUAUGUAUGUUAUUCUUAAAGAGUUUGCAUCUUUGCCUUCUUCGCAAAGCGUAUUCCAGGACAUUUUUGCAUGCUGGCGAGUAGAGUUAAUGUAAAUAUCACGGAGUGCUUUCUGGGUAAGGCGUGGAUGACUUGGGGCCUGAAAUGUUUGUUUUUAUUUUUAUGCUUUCUGUAAUAAAAAAAGGAAAGAGAAAGAAAGAAGCAUACCUGCUCUCUUCUACAUACAGACCAAAUUUGUAAUGGGCAAACACACUGUUCUCCUCCAACUUCCAUUGUUCUUUUUCCCUCUUCUGUUUAACGGUUGAAGGAUGGAGGAUGGAUAGAAGCUUGUCCAGUUCAGUCCAACUAUUCCCCUACACAGUGGUAUUUUAACCCCAUAAUGUCUUUGGUAGCUGAAAUCUGCUGUUACCCUACUUCUAGACCAACCUGCAAUGCACCCAUCUAUGGGGAAAUGUUGGUUAGGCUGAAUGGUUACCCGUUGUGUGUUUAACAUUGAAAAACUGCCACUCCUCUCCUCUGUGCAUGUAUGAGCAUCAUGGAAGAACAGAGUUCCCUGCUGAUUUUUGAACGGCGGACGGGUUUGGGCAAUGAGAGCUUAUGUCCAGGUUGUUACUGCUACAGCAUCAAGCUCUCUCUUCUCCUUUGGAAGAUUGCAAAUAUUCUACCCUUGCAACCAUCUUAGUAUAGAUGGCCACUAUCUCUACACAUCAGCCUGUCAAACUUGUGACACCCACAUCAUACCCACAAGGAAGCUAUAUACAUAUAAAUAUACAUAUAUAGAUAUAUAUAAAACUUCAACAAAAUAUUUAUUUUUUGCUCUGUCGCUCUAUGUUAACUCAUAUUACUUGUAUACAUAUAUUGUAUAGUCUACAUCAAGAUUACUGAAAGUGUCGAAAAAAAAGUGCAUCAAAAUAUAUAUGGUGUAAAGUGUAUGUAUUUUAAAGCUUGUCAUUGUUGUUUUGAGUAUGUUUUUCCACUGCAUUACUUUGUCUUUGUAGGAAACGUCCUUUGUUAGAUGGGAGAAAGAGCGGCUAGGAAAGUUCUUUGUUGCAAUAGUCAUGGAUUCAUCCUAAAUGGAGACAACAUUUUAUGCUUAUGUCCAAAUGAAAACGGCCUAAGAAGGAAUGGUCAGAGUUAAACACUUAAAUAUUUUCAUGUGAAAUAUCAACACCCAUUUGUAGUUGGCAAAACAGUGAGAUGAUUGAAAUGACUACUUCAUGUAAACAGACUUGCUGUUCUCAGAAUGUUUGGAGGCAAAAUAUUACUUCUUUGAUUACAUCCUCAAUCUAACAUCACAGGUUUAGUAAAUCACCACCAGAAGUAUUCUCCUGAGCAAUUCCACAUUUUGUUAUAUAGGGCCUACUGCCCUCAUGUGGUAAAACACAUUUUAACUACCCAUUGUGUUUUUACUGUAGUGUUUUAACUGUGAUUUCAGCAAUGACCUUCAGUAGACAAGCAAUACUCAAAUGGGCAGUGCUGAGUUUAAAUUAUUAUUUACUGAAUGAGGAAGACUUUUAUGCCCAAAUAUUAGGUCAAUAUUUUGCUGUUUUUAUUUUGUGAAUGUCCUCAUUCAAUUCAAUUAUGUUUGGAUCAGGGUAGCCGUAACUCAAUGGUCAAAUAUACUCCAGUAAAAAAAAAAAAACGUAGCACUUAUAAAUGGGAUUCUGUCAUGUCAAAAUACACAGAAAUAGUUUGCAUGUUCAGUCCACUUCUUUUAACUCAAUGUUUUGUAUCACCUAGGUAUUUUCUGUUCAAGCUCAACUGUCUUCUCCCGUGGCUUCUUCGCUUGUUCAACUAUUCACUCCUCUUCAAUGAGAAUCCCUCCAUUUUCAAUGAAUCUUAUUUAUUGUUUUGAUAGUCACAACUGAAACAAUAUAUGUGGCAAAAACAUGGUAGAUUCUGCAUUUGUGUAUGAGCAACCUGUGAUAAGUGGUUGUUGAGUAAAUCACCCUCUACCACAAACGAAUGUUAGUAAACAAAAACAAAUUGUGUAAGAAGUCUCCUUUGACGUAUGUGUGCCCACUGAGGAAAUAGCCUAGACUUAAAAUGUGUGAAUGUGCUACUAUGCCUGUACAGAACCUUAUGUAUUUUGAUUUGCUUUACGGUAUGGCUUUUAUUGUUUCUGAGAAAAAACACAUUAAAAAGUAAUACAAAUCAC